UCCCCCGGCCUCGCCGCCGCGAAUAUACCUCGCCCCCGCCCUCCCCCGCAUUAUUACCUCGCCUCGGCCUCCGCCCCUCCUCCCCUUUUAUAUACACUGGCUGGAGCUCACUCCAUUUCGCACGGACGCGAGGGGAAGCCACGGCGCCGCACCGACAGCUCGGAGGAGAGCGUUGGGGGCGGCGGCGGCGGCGGCGGCGAUGGGGCUGCUGUCGAACCGGGUGGAGCGGUCGGAGGUCAGGCCCGGCGACCACAUCUACACCUGGAGGGCCGUCUACGCCUACUCCCACCACGGUAUUUAUGUUGGAGGAAGCAAAGUGGUCCAUUUUACACGAAAGAAGGAAGUUGAAUCUUCGGAUUCAUCCAACUCCAUCUCUGGCCUGAUCUCACGGGCUUCAUCAGAGUGCCCAACAUUCCCAGACUGUGGUUUUCAGCUGGCCGAUAGUGGCGUCGUACUCACCUGCUUGGAUUGCUUUCUUGGGAAUGGCUCCCUCUACUGCUUCGAGUACGGAGUGCCACCUGCAAUUUUCCUUGCAAAAUUUCGAGGGGGAACCUGCACCAUUGCCCAAUCAGACCCAUCGGAGGUUGUGGUCCGGAGAGCUAUGCACUUGCUUCAGAAUGGGUUUGGCAACUACGACAUCUUCGAGAAGAAUUGUGAGGACUUUGCACUCUACUGCAAGACUGGACUUGUACCCGUUGAUGAACCAGGCAUUGGGGUGAGCGGGCAAGCAUCCUCCGCCAUUGGCGUGCCACUGGCAGCUCUUCUGUCCACUCCGUUCAAGAUUUUCGCUGCCGGUCCGCUUGGAAUGGCCACUGUCACAGCCGGGAUGUACUGUGCCGGUAGAUACAUCACCGACAUAGGAGUAAGAAAGGAUGUCGCGAAAGUGGAAGUGGAGAACUUGUCGUCGCACCUUGGCUUCCGCCGCGUAGAAGAUGCAGAAUCGGUGAACAAGAGCUCAGACAAAGUGAAGAAGCUGCUCCCGUUGAAGAGAAAGCGCGAGAGGUGAGCUCGGCGAUGCAAUUUGGGGGAGUAUGAGCUUGUCUGCGCUUCGUCGUCGGUUGUUGGUGCGGAACUGUGGAUAAUAUCGAAUCUAUGCUUCAGUAUAUUAAGGUCGAUAUAUAUAUAGAUAAUAAUGUAACUAUGGAACUUGCUCUCGUUUGGUUGAGUGCGCACUUCGCAUGAUGAGCUCAAGAAUUCUCCGAACUGGUUAUGUGAAUGAAAUUCAAUAGUUUGUUCAGUAA